ACAAUUCGAUUAGACGUAAUUCGAUUUUAGAAAUGUUCGGACGUUUUUCUGCGUACAGUUAGAAUAUUUAACUGUCUGUACUCGUGUACGAAAUAUAAAAAUGAACACAAAGAAAAGUAAAAAUAAGAACCGUGCCAAAAAUGCGAAUGUUUUGCCAACGCAAAAUGUAACUAGUGAAAUAAGUGAUAAAAUUGAAGUGACUAAAGAAGAACAAGUAAAAUGUGAAGAUAAACAAAGUGAACAAACGAGUGUUGAAGCUAUUCCAUGUGAAAAUGUACCAGCAACGGAAGAAAAUGUUACCACAGGCGCACCUAGCGAAACUCCUGUGAAGCCUAAAAGAAAGAAGCGUAAAAAGAAAAAGCAAGAUGAAUUAUUUGACGAACAAAAAAUACCUGACAACCAAGAAAAGUCUACAGAUAAUACUUUAAAUGUUACUGAGCCAUCAAUGGAAGCAAGUAGUGAUGUGGAAAAUCAAAUGAAACCUGAAACAGCGAAGCGCAAAAAGAAAAAGAAGAAACAAACUGAAAAAUGUAUUACAGAAGAAAUCACUGAACCAGUGAAAACAGAAAGCGAAGUAAAUAUUGAAAUAUCUACUAAAAGCGAUUCAAUUCCACAGACUCCAGAGAGUACACCGAAAAAGAAACAUAAGAAAAAGAAGCAUCCGGCUGAUUCCGCUAAAACUGAAGACGUCACAUGUAUUUCUGCUUUCCAACAAUUAUUGGAACCAGGUGAUUCACAAGAGGAAACAGUGAGACCUGAAUCACAAAAUAAUGAUAGUUUACCAGAAGUUGUGAUAGAAAAAUGCGAGGAGAAAGUAGAAGAAAUUCAGCAAGCAAAAAAUAAGAAGAAAAAUAAAAAACACAGAAAACAUUCACCCGCAGUAAUAGAACAUGAUGAAGAUAAUAAAAAGCCACAAGGAGAAACUGUUGAAUUUUUGCAGGAAAUGUGUGAAGUAAAACCUACAACUGAAACAAGUGAAGUGUCUAAGGAAGCAAGCCCUAAGCCAAAAGCAAAAAUUGCUAAGCCUGUUGAUAAAAAACAUAAGAACAAGAAUAUAAAAACAUCAACAAAUAUUGAUAAUAAUUCAACACCUGGAGAUGCUCAAAUCGAUCAGAGUUCUCUUCCUGGGUUGGAAAGUGUAAAGAAAGAUGAUAAUGUACUAAUACAAACUAAAAGUGAGAGUUUAGAAACAACUAAUAACAUUAAACAGACUGAACCAUCAUUACAAAACGUGAUUAUUGGGCCUGCUGAUACUGAAAAAGAAAAAUGUGACAAAACUGUAAAUAUAGAAAAAGUCUUUGAAUCUCCACAAACAGCGCCACAGACAGAACAGGAACAAAUGAAAGAGUCUGAAAAUACUUCAUUUACAGAGGUUCGACCAUCGAGAAAGAAAAAAAGAUCUGCAAAAUCAAUUUCAGAACACAGCGAUGGUGAAAAGACUCCCAGCGUUACUAUAAAUGUCUCUUCACAAAAUGAACCAAAAACUGAACAACUAGAAGAUACAAAUAUUACACCCGAUUUCAUCCAUUAUCCUCGCUCGAGUAGUCAACAACAGUUUGAUAGUAACAACAAUACUGUAAUUCAAGAAAUCCAUUCUCCCGAUGAAGUAAGACUUGGAAUUCCAAUUUUUAUGUCAGUGCCAGUUGUUGAAGGUUCAGGCGAAUCUCCUGAAGUGAGGUCGCAAAUGGAUCCUUUAGAUGUAGAAGUAACUGAAUUAAAGAUUAGUGAUUUAAAGACUGAAGACAAAAAUAUACCUAUCCCAGCUGAAAAAGUUGACGAAACGCUAGUAAUGGAAGAGUUAAAAUUAUCUAUCGAAAAAUCAUUAGCUGAGUUAACAGCUAUUGAAAAGGCUGAAAUAGAAGUUGAAAAUAAAUCAGUGGAUGUUAAACAAGAAAGUUUACAUAAUCCAGCUACCGCUCCUAUCGAUACCGCAUUAGAAAAUAUUACAUCGGCCAAUGUCGGUUCAAAGAAUGUUGAUAUACUGAAUGAAGAAGUUCCAGAAAGCCCUUGCUCGCCUCCAGUAUGUCCUGCGAGAAAAGAUAAGAAAGGGAAAUCGAAGAAAAAAGGCAAAAAAGGUGCGACCGAACAAGCGUCUAGUACAACAACUGCUUCUUCAAGUAACAGUGCUACUGAGGCAAAGAAAGAUACUCAAGAUACAUCUUCGAAAGAUAAAGAUACUAAAUCCGAAAACACACAGAAAAAAGAGAAACAGCAAUCUACAGGAAACACGGAUGAAACUGAGGUUCAACCAGAUUCCUCUUCAGCAUUUGAAGUUUAUUACGAGCCCAUUGAAAAUUUUGAAGACGCUUUAACAUCAAGCAACGAAGACAUUAACAAAACAUUUGAAAUGAUCGCCAAAGAAGUGUACGAAAACGUAGAAACAAAGAAACCAACAUUACCAAAUCCUGAAAUAAGUAUAACAGAACCUGAAGAAGAUAGGCAAGAAAAAAAUGCAAAAGAACAUCCUGUAUCGCAGCCAAAAAACUUAUUAGGCCAACCAAACAUUCCUGCAUCAUCGAAUAAGGACGACUACAAAAAAGAAAAAGAUAAACCGCCGAAUAGCAUGCAAGCUAAAGUUAAAAUAAAAGAUUCAGUUGAUGUCGAAAAAACAAAGAAGCGAUCGAAAGAAUCACAAACGCAGAAUAAGUCAAAACAAAAUUCAAAUACAUAUAAAAUAAAUGAAAACGACGAUUUUGUUUACAAAUACAGCUUUCGGACAGUAUUUCUGCCAAACAUCUGUCAUGUUUGCAACAAAGAUUUGAUAACGAGAGUGCCCUGCAAGUUUUGUAACCUACUAUUCUAUUGUAACCAAAAACAUAAGGAUGAGGAUUGGCCUAAACACCAAUCUCUGUGUUUCGCAAUUUGUACUAUAGCUCACUUGAAAGAGCAAAAAUUCAUCUACGGGGCUGCGAAAAACAUAACCGGCCAAGACUACAGAUUGCUCAGAAUGCAAGUGAUUAUGUCCUGUGAGAAGAUGCUCAAGCGAAAGCUGCUUCCCUGGGAGCAAGAAGCUUUGCUUUACCCUAGAAUUUGUUCUAACACUGCCUGUAGGGAAUGGAGGCAGGGAUACUUGACUGAUUGCAGAGGAUGUGGACAGGUGGCAUUCUGUACAGACCACCCAGAACAUUUACCCGUAUCCCAUCAACGGUGGUGUAAGUCCUAUGCCUUGUACCAGAAACUUGUGAGGUACCAACAGACCAAGGGAAGAUUGGAGCCCUGCUUACCCAGUAAGGUAAUGACGGAAAGUUAUGUUAUCCCGGAGAAGAUUAACGAGGUUCUGGCUUCUUUGUAUGAAGAGAAAAUUGAAAUGGAUGACAUACAAUACGCGACGCUUACCCAGAUAGCUUCAGCACCUCUGACUACUGCGUAUGGCUAUCAAAUGUGUAGGAAAAAUGCAAAUGGACUGAAUAAGAGGAGCACAUUUUCAAUACACAUAGUUGGAGCAGAAUUGCAGUUCGAAGCCGAUGUCUUAAACAAAUGGGAGAGAUUCUUUCUACAUUUGCGACCUGAUAUAAAAGAUUUACGAAUAGUUCUGAUUAGCCCUAAUCUCAACCCUUCUAAUUUGCCACUGGACCUUUUGAGGAACGUCAAGUUAUGUGAACAGUGCCGAUCCAAUAAUCGUCGACUGCUAUUCGGUUUUGAAGAUAAGAAAACGUAUUUAGAUUAUUACACUAGUGAAGAUUUUAUUCAUCCUGAUAUUGUGUGUGCUUUCAACCCAAGUAUUGAAAGAUCGUCAAUCUACAACGGAAAAGAUCCUUGGCCAGCUACUCUCAAAUGUGUUGCUAAACUAAAAACUCCAUUGCUAAUCACUGCGUUUACAUUGGAUGAAUUAAAUAGAGAUUUAUCUAGGGUCCAAAAAUAUUCUUUUGACGUCCUAACUGAGCCUAAAUAUAAUAAUUUUGCCAGUAUAAGACCGGAUAGGAACUUUAUAACAGACGACGAAACACCGUUGCUGUUUAAGAAUUACUGUUUUUCUGUUGUGUGUGGUGUUUGAAUUUUUAAUUUUAAAGUAAGUCUUUUAGGAGUUUCUAUAAUAAAUGAUGGUUGUUACGUUUCUUUGAGUUUUUUUGUAGUUGUUUAAAUUUGCUGUCUGCCAACUUAGUUUAAUUUGAAUUUAUGUAUGUUAUAAUAUUUAUUGACAGUUCAUAAAGAUUGUAUGUUUUUUGAUUUUUAUAAUAAAUGGAAUAAGUAAA